AUGAAUGCUCCCAAGGAGCCUAAAGUAAAACCACCUGCUAUUGACGCCUAUGAUGGCAUGUUUGAUCCUGAUGUACACCUCUUGGCCUAUCAACAUCAUAUGUAUGUCCAGGGAACUACUGAUGCAACCUGGUGCAAAUACUUCCCGUCCACUCUGAAAGGCGUUGCCUCCAAAUGGUUCGAGAAGUUGCCUGCGGGAACGAUCAACACAUAUGCCGAAUUGGAGAUGUUAUUUUCAGCAAGAUUUAUGGCUUAUAAAGAAGAGAAAAAGACAAGCAUGCAUUUGGGUCGAAUACAGCAAGGAAAAGAUGAAUCUUUGCGAAGCUAUGUUCGACGUUUCAAUUUGGAAUCAGGACAGAUUCCAGACCUGCCUGGCGGGGUGGCGUUUGAUAAUUUCUUUAGGGGACUUAAGAAGGGGUCCUUUAAGUUCGAUUUGGUGAAGAAAAGUGUGAGAACCAUGGCCGACGCUCUGGAUGAGGCCGAGUCCUUUAUUCAUGCCACUGAAAUCUGCUCCGUCCCCAAAGAGUCUAAGGGAAUGGAUGCCACAGAUCACCCUCAGCGCAAGGAUAAGUCAGACAAAAAGACCAGCUGUCCGAAUGGGACAUGGGCCAUUGAGAAGAAAGGAUAUCAGGCAGACCGCUCCCAGGGACAGAAGAGAGGAAGACCCUAUGACAAAGAAAGGUUUGAAUACAACACUGACCUGUAUACGAUAUUGCUAGAUGUCAGUGAUAGGUACGAGAUUGAUCAAUCGUUCUCCAUGAAGUCGCCGGUGGAAACUCGGGACAGCUCGCUUUACUGUAAGUUCCAUUGUGAUGUGGGACAUGAAACAAAAGAUUGCAAAUCCCUACGAAGGGCUCUCGAUGGACUAGCCGCUAAAGGGUUCUUGAAAUCCUAUCUCAGCACAAGCACAGGGGGAAGUGGUAAAAAAUUCUACAAGAAAAGCAAGUCACCAUCAUACCGACGUGAUGGCAACGACACUGACCCAGAAAUUGUAGCCGUCAUCUCAGGGGGUCUAGCCGCUGGGGGCCCAACAAUGAGAGGUCAAAAAGACUAUGCAAGCCGGUUGGGACAGGUUGGCACAAUUCAUGGUGAUCAACAACUAGCAAGAGAUUGUUACCUCACUACGCUAAGUCCCGAGGCUUAG